UCUACUUAAACCCUUCCUCUGUUUUCACUUUUCCUUUAAAUCAGCGUUUUAGUUUCCCUCGAUCAUAUCAAUUUUCUCAGAUGGAGGACCUAGAUGAUUCUAACUCCUUUGUGGAAAUCUCCUCAGAACCCAAUGGCUCUUCUCCUGUAACUCCAAAGUCUGAUACAAUACCUGUUGCUGCUGCUUUCAACUUUGAUCAUGAAAGUUCUGAUAUUUCUCCCAAUCAUGAUUCUGACGACAACUCUUCUUAUUCUGAGUUAGACUCGGAAACAGAGGCCUUUUACUCAUCUCUUAACCACCACCUGGUCUCACCAGGUGCAAUGGAUGAUAGCCAUGACUUGGCUGCUGGGAAGAAACAUAUGAGAUAUGAGGAGCUGAUGAAGAAAUAUGUCCAGUCCGAGGAGGAGCUUAAGGCUACAAGUUUGAGACAUACUGCUGGUUUGAUUUUGGAGAAUUUACUCGCUGUGAGUAGGGACAAAGCUAUUGAGACUGAGAAAAGCCGAGUUCUCGAGAUGCAAAGACAGGUUGUUGAUUUGGAAACUAAGCUCUCAGACUCAAGUUUCAAGUUUGAUAAUCUGGUGAAGGAGCUUGAGGUGAGUAGAGAAUGUUUAGAUGUUUCAGAGGCUGAGAUCUCAAAGCUAAGGGCAAUGUUGUGUGACUGUCAGCAACGUUUCUCUACUGAGAAAACAAAACUGCAGAGUGAUAUUGCUGGUUUGUUAGCGAAUCAGGCUUUCUUAGAAGGUCGUGUUAAAGAAAUCGAAUCACGCAGUGAGGUAUUGGAAGAUCAGAUUUGGCAUUCUGACGCAGAGAAAAUGGAGAUGCAGAGGAAAGAGGUUGAGUUGCAAGGUGAAAUCAAUGCAUUGAAGACAGAGUUGGCCUCUCGAGGUGAGCAUAUCGAAGCAUUGAACAAGGAUUUCGAUGAGCACAAGCUGAGCUAUGACAUAUUGAUGGCAGAGAAAGAUGGAGUCUGUGCUGAAGUAGACAAUUUAAAAGCCGUGAUGAGAACCAGAGACAUCCAAAUUCAGCAAACGGAAGAGCAACUUAGCCAGCUGCGCUUUAAGCUUGUAUCUGAAUCAAGAAUUGGCAAGAACACUGUGGAGGAGGAACUGAGAGUGAGAGCUACGGUUAAACAACUAGAGAAGCAAGCAGAGUUGCAGAGGAAUGUCAAGAACACUGUGGAGGAGAAACUGAGAGCUACGGUUAGAGAACUGGAGAAGCAAGCAGAGUUGCAGAGGAAUGCGAUAUCAGAAGCAAAGGAAGAGAAACGAGAAGCGAUAAGGCAGCUUUGUUUCACUCUGGAUCACUACAAAAGCGGAUAUAGACAGAUUCUGAGGUUUCUUUCGGGCAAUAAUAACAAGGAACAACAAACAACAGUCAUGGUCGUGUGAGUUGGAGUUGGAGUGAAUUCUCUUCUCUAUACUAAAUAGUUUACUCGUUGCAGUCUUAUUUCUUUCUUUUGUCUCAUCAUGUUUUGAGUCAUUCUGUGCUAUGGUCGUCCUUCUCAGACAUUAAUAAAUCUUCAAAUUCUUUUAAUUAAGAAAUGCAAUUUAUAUGAAA